UCUCAUCAGAAACAAGGGCAGCACCGAAGGUUCCGCCCAAAUAACGUGAUCAGAGUGUGUCUGCGCGAACACACAGGGGCGACAAGGAAACUGCACAAAGGUCAUUUCCAGUGGCGAUAUGAUCGACGAAUCCCGUGUCUUUCCUGCAGAUACCAGUCAAUAAAGUCCGCAAAUAUGGAACAUUAUGUCCCAGGUGAAGAGAACCAACAGGAAAAGAGUGAACACUCAAGAGAUUUAGCUUCUUCAUCUGCAUCAACAAUCAAAGAGUGCAACAGUGACAACAGUGAAACCACAGAGAAAGCUGAUGUUAAAAUAAACAAACUCAUUGGGCAGAAGAAAGAGACAGAAACAACUGGUUUACCAUCCCAGGAUGAUGAAGCGAAUGACCAAGUAGAUCGACACGAAGCAAGUCCCACUCAGGAAUCAUCAGCUGUUGAAUACACACAUGUUGGAGCUGGAGGGGAUUUAGCUUCUUCAUCUGCAUCAACAAUCAAAGAGCGCAACAGUGACAACAUUGAAAUCACAGAGCAGGCUGAUGUUAAAAGCAGUGGUUCACCUGAAGACGAGAUGCCUCUUACCGAAGGAUCUCCUUCACAUGAGGACAGCAAGACCACUACUCAGGCUAAAGACAGUAAUGAUGAUGGUGAUCACAAGAGAGAGUUGACAACAAAGCAGCCAGCAAUGCAACCUGAGAUUUCUGUAAACAACCUCAUUGGGCAGAAGACCGAGACAGAAACAACUGGUUUACCAUCCCAGGAUGAUGAAGCGAAUGACCAAGUAGAUCGACCCGAAGCAAGUCCCACUCAGGAAUCAUCAGCUGUUGAAUACACAAAUGUUGGAGCUGGAGGGGAUUUAGCUUCUUCAUCUGCAUCAACAAUCAAAGAGCGCAACAGUGACAACAUUGAAAUCACAGAGCAGGCUGAUGUUAAAAGCAGUGGUUCACCUGAAGACGAGAUGCCUCUUACUGAAGGCUCUCCUCCACAUGAGGACAGCAAGACCACUUCUCAGGCUAAAGACAGUAAUGAUGAUGGUGAUCACAAGAGAGAGUUGACAACAAAGCAGCCAGCAAUGCAACCUGAGAUUCCUGGUAAUGGAAGAGGCCCAGAGCCUGAUCCCUCAGAGAAGGAAGAGGAAGAGAAUGUGGAGAAACAUGAACAGAGACUAAAUGUUCAAGAGACAACUGAAUCCCCAUUUACAGUGGUUACUAGAUUUCUUAGAGGAAAAGUAAAAUUCCUGAUUCCAGUGGUUUUAGCUAUUGUUGCUGUCCUCCUGAUGACUCCCCACCAGCCUGAGUCUCCACCUCUGAUGAACAAUGUAGACAUUCUCCUCAGGCAGAUGGAAAAAGUAAAGACCCAGUUCCCUCAUCAGCGUGCUGAGCUCUGGAAAAGGAGCAAGAUCCACCUGAAGAGGCACCUCCAGACAGCUCAGCCUACAGCACCUGUGAAUCUCAUCCUAACUGCUGGCCUCAGAGGUGAGAGGACGCUGCACUGCCUGGCUCAGAGCCUGGCCUCUGCUUUCUCUUUUGCCGUCAACGCCUCUGUCCUCCACAUUGAUGGAGCCCGUGCAGCCAGCCAGGACAGCGACCAGGUCAAACUGGACAUUGACAGCAAGUUGCAAGGAGCUUUCGAGGGGGACAAACCUGUUGCUGUCAUUCACCGCUUUGAGGAGCUGCCUCCAGGCUCCACGCUCAUUUUCUAUCGUUACUGUGACCACGAGAAUGCGGCGUAUAAGGGGACUGUACUAAUCUUUACGGUGCUGCUGGAGGAAGAAGAGAUUCCUGGCAAGAUUUCUUUGAACUCUGUGGAGGAGAUGGUGGACGACCACCUUAAGAAGAAGUUCCUCUCUCAUAGCCGCCCUGUGUCUUUUGACAGGAUGGACCUUGAUAAGUAUGGUGGACUGUGGAGCCGUAUUUCUCACCUCAUCCUUCCUGUGGCAGCUGAGGAAAGGAUAGAAUAUGAAGGAUGCUGGGGUAUAUAAAUAACCCCUCUGUCAUAUCUUAGCAGGUGGUGUGGUGGUGUUAACAACCCAAAGGUUUCUUACUCUUUUUAAGGUUGCAACAAAUGAAGGUAUCAGGUGGAAAUAAUUAUGCCUAUUUUGAUAAUUAUGCCUUUGGAUAUUGUCUAAUAUCUAUGUGGACCUUAUUAUUGAAAAUGUUUGAUAAAACUAGGGCUGGGUAUCACACUUCAGUGGUACCGACAUGAGUAUCAUGUCCCCUAAGAGCAAAAAUGUGUUUUAAUUUGACAUAACAUUUGGUACCGAAGGAGAUACAUGUGUUGUAAUUUAACAUAACAUUUUGGUACCUAAGGAGAUAAUCUCAUCAGCGUUGGAGAGACAAUAAUCAUGCAGCUCGUGAUCGUCUCAAAGCGUGCAGGAAGUCGUGUCUGAAGACAGAGUUCAUUUCCAAUGUGAAAAGAGGAAGACGGAGCGUGAAAUGUGUGUUAGUGUGUCUGAGCUGUAUUUUCAAAGGCUCUUGGAACCAAUAUGAGAUGACUAAGUGUGACUGCAUGGGUCAGUUAAAAGUCAAGAAUUUUACCCUAAUGUGUAAUGUCUUAAAUAAAAAAAAAAGUUAAAUAAAAUGAGUAUAGAAAAAAAGUCCAGAUAAAGAUAAUGACACCUUUUAUGGAAAAAUGUAAAUUAAAAUGCAGCAGCACUUUAUUAGUAACUGAUUUACUUUAAUUAUAGAGAACUUCAGAGUGUGUAAGAUUUUGAUGGUAGCUGAUGUAAUGUGUAUACAUUUUUAAAAGUAUUUCAUGAAAGAAAAUCUAAUUCUCGUCACAAACUCAAUUAUUCAUUUGGUAUCAGGACAUUGGUGUAACUUUGUUUAGUUUCUGUGUGAUUGUCAAACCUGCAUGGCACCAUCACGUGCCUUAAAAUACAUUUUCAUACACCACUUUCUGUAAAUAUAUGCACAUUAUGGGGACAUUGUGAUGGAGGGGAAGAAGUAAGCUAUUAAAUGUGCCUUAAGGUGUAAAAUAAAUACUAGCCCAACUUAA